AGGCUCUAGCCUGGGAAGCCAGAGGAAGGCGUUGCUCCAGUCAGCUGACCCAGGGCAAAGGCUCCAAAACAAACCCUUUCCUUCUCCUCCGCCUUCCUCCUUGCCUUGGGGAUUAAGAGAAGCCCCUUAAGAGAAGCCAUCGGGGGCUUCAGAGCCCGCUGCAGCGAUGUCCAGCCGGCCUUUAAAUGGUCUUGCUGAAAACGGGCAACACCAGGAGACGGAAGUGGGAAAUGGGCACCCAAAUGUGCCACCUCCUGUGCCUGGGGCUGCUACCGUGGAAGAGAUGGUCCAGCAGAUGAAAGAGCUCAUCACUGAGAACAACGAGCUUAAAGAAGCUGUGAGACAACAUAACCAAGCUAUGAAGGACCGUUUUGAGAAUCUUUCAGAAUGGAGUGAAAAGCUGAAGGAAGAACGAGAGUUUUACGAAAUUAAAUUCAAGGAAGCGAGACAGUGCUUAGCAAGCAAAUGUGUCGAGAAUGAAACACUGAAAAAGCAGCUCCAAACUUUUGAAGAAAAGGGAGAAGAUCUCACAAAUGGAUGUACAGUUUCCAAAAAGGAGAUGGCACAAGAACUGGAGCAGCUGAAGAUGCAAGUGACAAAACUCCAGGCAGAAAAGGCUGAUCUGGUGGCCAUAAUUUCAGAGCUGCAGCUUAAACUCAACAGCGCCACUGCUGAAGAUUCAUUUGUUGAGAUCAGGAUGCACGAGGAAGAAGUAAAUGGAGCUUUAAAGGAAAAUCAAGAUCUUAGUGACAAAAGAAUGGGUGACGCACCUACCUAUGUGAGGAGCAGAUCUGUGGAUGAAGCAAAAAAAUAUUUGCAAACUGAAGAGUUAACUGUCAGCCAGCUUCUUCAUUCUCUUCGGAAUGAGACUCAGAAGAGGGAAGCAUUAGAAAAGGAGGUGCAGGAACUAAAGGACAGAGCACUGAGGAUGGAGUAUUCAACAGAUGAGAAGGGCUCCCAGACGGAACAUGAAGAAGAGGAAGCAAAAAUGGGCGAUGAGGUAGAAACUCUAAGCCUGCAAGUGUCGGCUCUGUUCAAAGAACUUCAAGACACCCAUGCUAAAUUGAAAGAAGCUGAAGUAAUCCAGAAGAAGCUGCAAGAAAAAUGUCAGGUUCUUGAACAUCAGCAGAGUGCAAACGCUGGAGACCAGGAUGAGAAGCAGCAGCUGUUAUACACCAUUAAGAAACUGGAACUUCAGGUGGAGAGCAUGCAGUCAGAGAUCAGGUUGGAGCAGGCCAAAACAAGCGAUGAAAAAGCCAAGUACAACAAGCUGCAGGAUAUAUACAACAAGCUCCUACCUGAGCUGACCAAUGCAAAGCAAACAGUGGAAGAAUUAAAAAUGAAAGAGGCUGAAAGUGUAGAUAAAACGGUUGCAGACAAACUAAUCCACAAGCUGGACCUAGCGGAGAAAGCACUGGCUACUAAGCAGUCACAAAUAGAUGAAAUGAAGCAAACCAUCGCCAAGCAGGAAGAAGAACUUGAGACCGUGGCUGUCCUACGAGCUCAGAUGGAAGUGUACUGUUCUGAUUUCCAUGCCGAAAGAGCAGCACGAGAGAAAAUCCAUGAAGAAAAGGAGCAAUUAGCUGUGCAGUUGACAUACUUGCUAACAGAGAAGCAGCAACAUGAAGGUCCCGGCAGGAAUUCACUGGCAGAAAUGCAGACCCGUCAUGGAACAAGACUACCAUCAGGAACAGAAAGUGAGGAUUGGCAACAGCAACAGCGGAAUAUUCCAGCGCAGUCUUGUCCAAAAUGUGGAAUGAUUCUUCCUGAUAUAGACACGCUACAGAUACAUGUGAUGGACUGUAUCAUCUAAACAAUAUCAACAAAGAUGCUCAUAAACAGGACCUGUACUUUCUGAGCAGACUUGUCCAUUCCCACUCACUACUAGAAAGCUUGAUCCUUCAGAAUUUAACUUCCUUUUUCUAUUGAUUUCAAAGGGGAUUGUCAGGUUUUAGUUCUAUGUAAGAGAAAUAUAGCUGGGGAAGAAUGGCUUUUUAAACGGCUGAUUAUCAGAUGUUUUUCUCAUAGGCUGAAAAAGAGGAAGCUAACAUUAUAAGAGCUUGAGCUGAAAUAAUUAAAAGCGCAACAAUACUGGGAAAUUGUAUCAUUUUGAUACUUGGAAGGAUGUGUUUGACAAAAGCAUCUCUUUAUUUGCAUUCAUAAAUACGAUUGCAUAUGUUUUGCGGGUACAAACAAGUGUAUCUAUGUGCCUGUCUAAUCUCAGGGAGAUCAGCUGAGACUAUGUUUAGGUUCACAUAUGAUACAUCUAUGGGUAAGUGAAUUAAAACUGCAAGAACUUCCUCCUUAAGAAGAACGAUGGAUCAGAGUCCUGAAGAACCUGUUCUUGAACUCAGCUAUUUUAAGGUUCUCUUUACAAAUAAGUAACUUGUAGAAAGUGUGUUAUUUUAUGUUGAAAUGUAGUGGCACUUAUUCUAAAAAAGCCACUACACAUGCCCCAGAUUUUUCAAGGUGGAAGUUUUCUCCAUUGUUUGGGUUCUCACUAAUGCCUAAGAAUAUAAGUGCAAUAGAAAAAUAUAUUGGUAGGGAGUAUCAAGAACACAAAAUUUAGUGUUGAUUCCACUUUUGGCUUAUUUGUAAUUAUAAAAUUAACAUAUAUAUUUGAUUUAAUGUAUUUUUUGUAAUGGAGCCCUUGAAACAACUUAUAUUCUUUAUCAAAAGGCACUUUAAUUAUGUUAAGUUCUGAGUGGCAUAUGGACUCUAUGCUGUAACCAAAAGAUUAAAAUAAUUGGUUGUCGAAGGCUUUCAUGGCCAGAAUCACAGGGUUGUUGUGUGUUUUCCGGGCUGUGUGGCCAUGUUCUAGAAGCAAUCUCUCCUGACGUUUCACCCACAUCUUUGGUAGGCAUCCUCAAGAGGUUGUGAGGUAUAUUAAAAUAAUUUGUUCUAAAACAGCCUUUUGGCUGCUAUAUUGCUUUGCCCUCUUAAAAUAGCCUUUUAAAAAAAGAGAGAUUGUGUUUUUAAUCACCUGGACUAAUUAUGCUUGAAAAAGAAAACAUAAUGACAAGUUAAUUGAGUUGUUACUAUUAAAAAAAUAAAAUUGUCAAAAGUA